UUAUGCAAAUCGUUUACAGGUCUUCCUUAUAUACGAAUAAUUCCUAAAGUAACAGCAGUCUCAGGUGAAACUUUAAAUUUAAAAUGUCCCGUAGCCGGAUAUCCCAUUGAAGAAAUUCACUGGGAACGUGGCGGUCGCGAAUUGCCCGAUGAUAUACGCCAGAGAGUACAGCCAGAUGGUUCCUUAACAAUAACGCCGGUGCAGAAAAGUACUGAUUCGGGAGUAUAUACUUGCUGGGCUCGCAAUAAACAGGGUCACAGUGCUCGUAGGAGUGGCGAAGUAACAGUCAUUGUACCACCAAAAUUAAGUCCCUUUCAAUCGUCGCAAUUACAAUUAAAUAUGGGUGAUCGUGCUUCUCUCACCUGUUCUGUGGUCAAGGGUGAUCUACCUUUGACUAUUACUUGGCGCAAGGACAAUCGCGCAAUUGAAACCUCUCAACAUCAUAUGUCCGUCAAACAGGUCGAUCAAUACAAUAGUAUUUUGGUUAUUGAAAAUUUAGGAUCCGAUCAUACGGGCAAUUAUUCAUGUGUGGUACGCAAUUCUGCAGCUGAAGUGGAAAAUUCACAAUCUUUAUUGGUUAAUGGUAAACAAAUAAAUUUAUUUUUUAUUUAAGCUUUAAGUUAUUUUUUGGUUUGUUUUAAAUUUUUGGUUGUUUUCUUUUUUGGAAAAUAUAUUGAAAAUAUAAGAGAAAAAGAUCUUAAAAAGUUAUUAAUUAAAGUCCGCCUAAUCAGUUUUAAUGUA